AUGUCUGAAAGUCAACAAGGAAAUAAUCUUCAUCCCCAUAUGGAAGAUAUGGAGGAAGAAUAUGCGAAUGAUGAAAUGAAUGAUGAAUUACAAUACGAUGAUAUUGUAAAUUAUGAAAACCAUUUGAAUACCUAUGAUUACCAACAAUCUCAAGGAUUAAUGAAUCGCAUUAAUCCAAAUGAUCUUUUGCAAAUAGCUGAUAUAGUAGGUCAGCAUUUACAAAAUAAAAGAAAUUUAAAUCCUUCGGAAUCAUCAACGUCAAAAUCGCACCCUCCUUCUAUUGCGGAAAUAAAUUCAGAAAGGUCGGGUCAAUUUAUUAAUAAUAAUAUUUCAUCCUUGAAAAAUUUUGUUGAAUUGAUACCAGAAUUUGAUGGAGAAAAUAUUCCGGUUCAAAAAUUUAUUCAAGAAUGUUCGUAUUUGGUAGAAAAUACAAGUUCUCAAAUGCAACCUUUUCUUUUAAAAUUCGUAUUAAAGAAAAUUACGGGCAAGGCUGCAGAGUUUAUUUUACACUCUCAAGUUGAUACACUUGGAGAACUUUUAGUAGAACUAGAAAAAUCAUUUUCUUUUUCAGAUGAUUAUGGAACGAUUUUAGGUGAAAUCACCAAUUUGCAACAAGGUGAUAACGAAUCGGUAAUCGACUACGCGGCAAAAGCACGUAAAUUACUUUUUAAGCUGUCUCAGCUUUCGCGAAAAGAUAUUUCACAUCAAUAUUUACAAUUAAAAUUAACUGAAAAUGAUAAACUAAUAACAAAAUAUUUUACUCAAGGACUUCUUCCUAAUAUUGAAUUUCGCGUUAACCUACGUCUUCCGAUUAAUCUUCAAGAAGCAAUAACGAUUGCAUUAGAACAAGAAAAAUAUGUUUCCAAUGUACGUAAACGUAGCGCUCCUUCAAACGAAAUAGAAAUAAAUAAUUCUAAUCGCGAAGCAAAAAAAUCGAAAACGGUUAAUAAAAUUGAUAAUAAUCGUAAAAACAAAUAUUGUUUUACUUGCGGGAAAAUUGGACAUAAUUCGCGGAAUUGCCCAGAUCGCGCGGAACCAGAAUCAUCCGACAAUGAUCAAUCAGAAAACAAUGAUGAAGAUGAUAAUAACGAGAAAAACGGUAACGGAAAUUCAUCGAAAAGUAACGAUCCUAAACCGGAAUGCGAUUUUUGUAAACAGAGAGGUCACUCUACUGAAAAUUGCUUUGUAAGAAUAUUAAAAAGUUUAGAAUCAAGAUCCGUAUGCGCGAUUUCAAAUUCUCAAAUUAUAUAAAACGAAAAAUCAAAAUUAAAGGUUACUCCGAUGGCGUCAUCGUUUGAGUAAAUAUAAUCACGAAAUAGAGUAAAUUAAAUUAAUUUUUGUGCUGAUUCGUUGUAGUGUGAUCCUUGUGAAAUGUGUGAGAAAUUCUGCGAGGUAUCACUAAUUACAUAACAUUAAAAUGACGAUAUUUAUCCUAAACCUCUGAACAAGGUGAACUGUACACCUGUUCAUCCACAAAAUUCCUUGGACGAUUUUGAAAGAGUUUACUUAAUUGAGGCAGUUUUUCUAGACAUUCACUGGGGUAACGGUGAUAGCGAAUCAGAAAAAAUUAAACAAAGUCAUUUGUAAUGGACAUUUCCAGACCACAAGCAUGGAGAUUAUCGAGGAUAAUCAAAUUACUUGCGAUGUGAGAUUGAUAAUCUGCGAAAUCGUAAAUUGCGAUAUGAUUAUUAAUAUGAGAUCGUAAGGUGGACUGCAGCCACGAAAUUGUAAAUAGAACCGAAUGGUUUGUGCACCAAUUUCAACCAUGCUGGAUAUUGAGAUCCUUGUAGUGGGGGGAGAGUGAUAGCUGAUCAACUAUACCUUGCUCAGAAAAUUGUAUAACUAUUGUUUCAUUAAUUCUACUUUUCUUACAAUAAAAUUUUUUUGUAAUUAAUCAAUAAAUUUUGACAAUCUGUA